AGAGAAUCUUUUUUGGCUCCCUGGCUGGCAGGCUGAGGCCCUCCGCAGCCCAAGGCGAGCCCAAGCAGCCGGUAGGGUUAUCUGUAUCAGGAUCAUUUCCAGGGGAAUAGUUCUGGCCCCUGACUGAUAAAGACAGGGCAGAGAAGAGGCAGAAGAGGAAAGAGAGCACAACUCCUAGCCCAGCCCCACGGGCUCCUUGGAGCAGCCCAAGUUGGAGGAAGGUUCUAUACUUUCGGCGUUCCCACAGGGAUAUUCCCCUCACCUUGGCAGCCAGGCUGAGGAAGGGCUCCAAGGUCCCCACGGAAUGACAACUCUUGUUCCUGCAACCCUCUCCUUCCUUCUUCUGUGGACUCUGCCAGGGCAGGUCCUCCUCAGGGUGGCUUUGGCAAAGGAGGAUGUCAAAUCUGGAAACAAGGGGUCUCAGCCUAUGUCCCCCUCUGAUUUCCUGGACAAGCUUAUGGGGCGAACAUCUGGAUACGAUGCCAGAAUUCGGCCCAAUUUUAAAGGCCCACCUGUGAAUGUGACCUGCAACAUCUUCAUCAACAGUUUUGGCUCCGUCACCGAGACCACCAUGGACUACAGAGUCAAUGUCUUCUUGCGGCAGCAGUGGAAUGACCCACGCCUGGCCUACCGAGAAUAUCCUGAUGACUCUCUAGACCUCGACCCCUCCAUGCUGGACUCUAUUUGGAAGCCAGACCUUUUCUUUGCCAAUGAGAAAGGGGCCAAUUUCCACGAAGUGACCACAGACAACAAGUUGUUGCGCAUCUUCAAGAAUGGAAAUGUGCUCUACAGCAUCAGAUUGACCCUCAUUUUGUCCUGCCCAAUGGACCUCAAGAACUUCCCUAUGGACAUCCAGACCUGCACGAUGCAGCUAGAAAGCUUUGGUUAUACCAUGAAUGACCUCGUGUUUGAGUGGCUAGAAGAUGCUCCCGCUGUCCAAGUGGCCGAGGGGCUGACUUUGCCCCAAUUUAUCCUGCGGGAUGAGAAGGAUCUAGGUUAUUGUACCAAACACUACAACACAGGGAAGUUCACCUGCAUCGAGGUAAAGUUUCACCUGGAACGGCAAAUGGGAUAUUAUCUGAUUCAGAUGUAUAUCCCCAGUCUACUCAUCGUCAUCCUGUCCUGGGUCUCCUUCUGGAUCAACAUGGAUGCUGCCCCUGCCCGUGUAGGCCUUGGUAUCACUACUGUGCUCACCAUGACAACCCAGAGCUCUGGUUCCCGGGCCUCUUUGCCUAAGGUAUCCUAUGUGAAGGCAAUUGACAUCUGGAUGGCCGUGUGUCUGCUCUUUGUGUUUGCUGCCCUGCUGGAGUAUGCUGCUGUCAAUUUUGUCUCCCGUCAGCAUAAGGAAUUCAUGCGACUUCGAAGAAGGCAGAGGCGCCAACGCAUGGAGGAAGACAUCAUAAGAGAAAGCCGCUUCUAUUUCCGUGGCUAUGGCCUGGGCCACUGCCUGCAGGGAAGGGAUGGAGGCCCAAUGGAAGGUUCUAGUAUUUAUAGCCCCCAAACUCUAGCCUCUCUUCUAAAAGAAGGAGAAACCAUGCGGAAACUCUAUGUGGACCGGGCCAAGAGAAUUGACACCAUCUCCCGGGCUGUCUUCCCUUUUACUUUCCUCAUUUUCAAUAUUUUCUACUGGGUUGUCUAUAAAGUGCUACAGUCAGAAGAUAUCCACCAGGCACUGUGAAUAAGGUGGAGGUUAUAGAGUCCAGCUUAUGGCUUUCUGCUUCUUCCUGGAUGGGCUUUCCCUCCCCAUUAGACUCCAUUGGGGAAGACAGUUCCUUCCCAAUCUCCCAUUCAGAAUUUCCAACUACCAGUCCCAAAGCUAUGUGAGCCAAUACUGCAUGGUGCCAAUUGUGGCUGUACUUAUAAAGACGGCUCAUCUACCCUAGUCCAUAUUUUCUCUAUAUUCUCCCAUUUCUCAUGAGACUAAGGUGCCAAGAUGACUUUCUGUCCUUGCUGGGCUCCCUCCUUUCCUCUACUCCAGUAGAGAAUAUUCAGACCAUUGCUACUAGUUUCUGAUGUUUGUCAUCUUAAUCUAUACCAGUCCUCACCCUACCACCUCCCCCCCCCCAGAUCCUAGCUCAUACUUGACCCUCUAUCCCUCCUAUCACAACCUCAAAUAGGAAGUCUUUCCCAUACUCAAGUGCUGCCUGUGUGACCCAGUCAGGUUUCCUUACAGUGAGAGGAAGACAAAGAUAUAGGUUUUCUUCCUCUUAAAAAGAAUGGAAGAGUCAUAGGCUGAACAGGGCUAG